UUGGUUCAUACGGUCUAAGAAUGGCAGUGUUCAAGUUGUCAUCAUUUGUGCUCUUGUUGGUUCUUGUCCAGCACAGUAAAGUUUGGGGACACAACAUUGUCAAUCUUCGAUGCGAGGUCCCAACUCACGGCGGCCUUACGUCACAUAAUACAGGCACAGGUACAGCUGAUACCUGCACAUGUACAAAGACCAAAGAAAAGGUAGCUGAUUUGGAAAAGAAGUUGCAUGUCACAGCCAUGGCACAUCUGGAAAUGCAGAACAAGAUAAGGCUUCAGCAGGAACAGUUAGUGAAAUCUGAUGCUUUGAUGUCGAAUCUAACUGAUACACUAGGAUCCGCCUUGGAGAAAAUCAAGAAAAUGGAAGAAAUUCUAUCUGUUCCUAAAGAGUGUCCCUCUGGUUUCGUUGAACUCGGUGGCAGUUGCUAUUAUAUCUCGACAGCUAAGAAAACUUGGCUCCAAGCUCAGGAGUACUGUCAAAGUCUCUCUGCCAAUCUGGCCACUAUAACGUCCAAAGCUGAAAAUGAGAUGAUUGCCGCCAAUUUACCAGAUUCAGUGCCCUACUGGUGGAUAGGUGCUAACGACCGGGAGAAUGAGGGUAGAUGGGUCUGGGUGGCUACCAACGCCACUCUUACCUUCACCAACUGGUUUAGACCUGAUGACGAACCUAAUAAUUUGAAUGGAAAUGAGGAUUGUGUGGUAAUUUACUAUAAAGAGUAUAACAACAAGUGGAAUGAUGCAUCAUGCAUUACUAACACUGAAUUUGUCUGUGAACGCUCCCGAAUCUGAUGUCAAUUUCAAUCCCAGUACCAAAAUGGCCAUGCCAUAUUGGAUUUCCCCACCGCUAAACCCUUUCUUUCCCCAUUUUGACCAUUCGUUAUCUUAUCCCAAAUCCCUGUCAAACGCAAAUAUGGUGAUCUUGGUUCUCCUGGUUUCCAGAUUAUUAGUGGUCACCAGGGUGCACCCUGAGUUUAGAUAGCCUCUGGGAUCAGCUGCAUGCUGAAAGUAGAGAGGAGAGUUUUUAUCGACCUCUGUAAUUUAGGUUGACAGGCUAGAGAGGCCGAGAGGACAACGUUCACCUCUGUACAGCGUUCAACGUAGCGGUGACAUCUCUCACAAGCAGUUUAUUUGGUUAUACAAAUUUAAUUAUUCUUGAAAAUUACUAAAAAGGCAUAAGCGAAAUGACAAUCCGCGCAGACAACUUUUCUAAUAAUCCUAUGCAUGGUGGAUAGUAAUGGCUGUCAAAUGAGCAGGCUACUGCAAUGUACAGGUAGCUGAUUCUAUUUUUUCCUUUAACUUCAUAGUUACAGUUGUAAUCUUCGAAUAAUUUUCCACUCAAGCAAUAGGCCAAUGAAGAUCGCGAUAACAGCUUUAGUAUUAAAUGAAACACGACCCAUUAAAACAGUCUUUAAUUCUACUCUGAGUGGAAUAUCUUUAAAUAGCGAGUAAUUUUACCCAUGGCAAAUUAUUACAAUCGUUCAAUUUCCCAGAAAAGAACCUGUUUUAGAAGAUCGUCUCAUGUGUGUGAAUUGAAAGCAAACAAACGACAGAUAUCUUUAGUUUUAUCUUACCAGUAGUUUAGCAAAGAGUACGUUUGUUGGUCAUGAAUCACCCGUAAGUUUUAUUAUCAUUAUUUUGAACUGAAAAAAUAACACGUGUUUGAAAUGUUUCUUCUGAAAAUAUGGAUUUUUAAUUACCAUAAAAAAUUCUCAUCUUUUGACUUAAUUGAGUGAAUCGUCUAUGCCCUCUCUCCGUCGGUACGCCUGUCACAACAUUGUGCGAAAAAGAAAAAUAAAAAAAAAAUAGAUUAACGUGUCAGCCAAGGUCACCAAAGUUCUAUUGGCAUUCCUUGAUCGCUGCUCGAUAGGAUCACCUUGACCUACUAAGCAAGGUCAACUACUAGUACCUCUGGUCACCUGACACCACCAUGGCAACUAGACGCUUCCAUUUUAUCACAGGUCGAGACAUUUGAUUAACAUUGGUAAUUAACUGCUUAAGAAAGCACGUUGAAGAAGAAGGAUUGUAUAUUUGGCCAAAAUAUUUAGGUACUAAUAAAGAUGAGUAAAAUCUUCAUAUUUU